AUGUCACAUUUACUAAUUACAUAUUUCGAAGACCUAAAUCCCUCUCUUUGUAAUAUAAAAUAUUUAUGUGAUAAAAUAACUCAAGGAGAUUUUGACUGUGGAAAUAAUUCAUAUGAAAAUGAAAAAUUCAAAACAAAACAAGAAAUAUGUUCACAUAGAGAUUUAAUCACCAAUCAAAUAAAAGGUCAUUUUUCUCAAUUUAAAGAUUUGGAAAAAAAAAGUGACAAUAUUAAAUCAUUGAGUGAGAUGUUAAAUGCAGCAAAUAAAGCGAAGAAAAUGGUAAAUUCUCUCAGGAAAUUGUUUUGA